UCUUUCGUCCAACAUGGCUAACACAGUACUUUUUUUAAUGCUGACAUUGUCCGGUGUUUUGGCCGGCCGCUACUUUAAUGGAAAUGAGCCAUGCUACAAACCUAUGUUGGGAAGAAAUCAACUGGGAAAUUGUUCUUUCAGAAACACACCCAGACCUCAUGAGUAUCUGAAUGUAGGGGACCUGCCCAAAGCUUGGGAUUGGAGGAACGUUAACGGCGUUAACUACGUCAGCACCACCCGAAAUCAGCAUAUCCCUCAGUACUGUGGCUCAUGCUGGGCCCAUGGCAGCACCAGUGCGUUAGCAGAUCGAAUAAACAUAAAGAGGAAAGCUGCCUGGCCCUCUGCUUACCUGUCUGUGCAGCAUGUUAUUGACUGCGCUGAGGCUGGUAGCUGCCACGGUGGUGAUCACAGCGGAGUCUGGGCGUAUGCCAACACUCACGGUAUUCCUGACGAAACCUGCAACAACUACCAGGCCAAAGACCAGAAUUGCAAGCCCUUCAACCAGUGUGGGACUUGUACUACCUUUGGCGUGUGUAAUGUAAUUAAGAAUUACACCAUGUGGAAGGUGGGAGACUAUGGCUCUGUAAGUGGCCUGGAGAAGAUGAAGGCUGAGAUCUACGCUGGUGGACCAAUCAGCUGUGGCAUAAUGGCCACAGACAAACUGGAUGCCUACACUGGAGGCGUGUACUCAGAGUAUGUCGAAGAUCCUGGCAUCAACCACAUCGUGUCCGUGGCUGGCUGGGGGGUGGAUGAGAACGGUGUGGAGUACUGGAUUGUGCGGAACUCCUGGGGAGAGCCCUGGGGUGAGAAGGGCUGGCUCAGGAUAGUUACUAGUGCCUACAAAGGAGGGAGUGGAAGUCAGUACAACCUGGCCCUUGAAGAAGACUGCAUGUAUGGAGACCCCAUCUUGCCCAAGAGCUACAUGUAAUGUAGUCCACACAGACAUGUCUGUUUCACACUCUGGACAGUCCACCUCACCAGUCACAGGACAGGUUCUGUUUACAUCCACAGUCUCUGGCCGUUUUAGAUUUGUCUUUCAUAACCAUAUUGUUUUGUGUAAGUCAUGUUGGGGUUAAAGGGAAUGCAGCACGAGUGUUUAAAUUACCCGUUGUUACGGCCAAGUCUGUUUACAGAUGUGUUUCUUGUAGCUCUGACAGGGAUGGACUCUAGAGCCGUAACAGAUUUUCUUGACCAUCAAUCUGUUUAAACAUCAUAAAUCAGCCAAAGGAAUGAAAAGCCAGUAAUCGGAUGACUUCCUGUAGUCUGACUUUUUUUAAGAAUUGUUCAGUUUCUAUCUAGUGGAAUUAAAGUCUGUUUUGCACAAUCUUGAAUAAAUUCUAUUUCUCUAAA